AUGGCCACAUCCAAAACCACCACAAUCAUCACCACCCAAUCCUACCACCCAUCACCACCUGAUACACCAACCGACCACCUCUCCCUCGCAGGCCCAAGCAAUCUACACAACAUCCACGAUGAAGAAACCCCACCGCAAACCGCCUUCUCCAUCCUCGAACCCCCCGCCCAACUAUCCGCCAUAACAACGCACACCACACACAUCCGCCCACUAGACAGCGAAGAAACCUUCCCAGACGGCGGCACCCGCUCCUGGCUCGUCGUCCUAGGCUCCUUCUUCCUUUUAAUGGCCAGCUACGGCAUGAUGAAUUCCACUGGCGUCCUCCAGAACUACUUCGCCACGCACCAACUCUCAGACUACUCCACCAGCGCCGUCGGCUGGAUCCCGGGUCUAUUCACGUUCUUCGGACUCGUCCUCAGCGUGCAAAUAGGUCCCAUGUUCGACCGGUACGGUCCGACGGGAAUCCUCAUCGCUGGAUCAUGCUGUUAUAUCGCUGGAAUAUUCAUUCUGGCUGAAUGCAGACUGUACUGGCACUUUAUGCUGACGCUGGGCGUGGUUAUGGGCUCUGGUUCCGCGUUGCUGAGUACCGCUGCUAUGGCGGCUGUGCCGCAGUGGUUUGAUCGAAGGGUUGGGUUGGCGAUGGGGGGGCAGAGUAAGUCGAGUAUUAAUUUGAGGGCAUUUCGGGAUACGAGGUUUACCUGGUUGACGUUGGGGACUUUUGGACUGGAGUUGGAAGUCUUUGCCGGCUUGGGUUUGUAUCCCACGUACGUGGUGAUGCAAGGGUUCAGCGUGUCGACCAGUGUGAUUCUGCUGUCCGUUCUGAAUGUUUUCUCCACAAUCGGCCGCCUCAUCACCGGCCUCGUCGCCGACAAAUAUGGGCGUAUCAACACGCAGACGGGACUUAUCUGCCUCGGCGCCCUAGCCAUCUUCACCAUUUGGCUCCCCUUCGGCCACACUCUAUCAGGUCUAUACGUCUUCAGCUGCGUCUUCGGACUCGCAUCGGGAUCCUUCUUGAGCCUAGCCCCAGCAUGCAUUGGGCAGAUCUCGAAGGCGAGCGAGGUCGGGGGUCGGUUUGGCAUUUGUUACUCUAUCGUGAGCUUGGCCACGCUAAUUUGCAUUCCCAUUGGUGGUGAGAUGCUCGAGAAAGUGGGCAGUCGUGCGAUGGUUGCGUAUCUGGGGAGUGUGUUGAUCGUCGCGCUGGGGAUGUUCAUUAUGGCGCGGUGGGCGAGUCUGAGUUAUCGAUGGCGAUGGCAGGCCAAGAUUUAG